AUGGUCACGGAAACGUCAGUUUUGGAUCCGGAAGAAGGUAUCCGUUUUCGCGGCUACUCGAUUCCAGAGUGCCAAAGGCUGCUACCGAAGUUACCCGGCGGAGACGAACCACUACCCGAGGGUAUUUGGUGGCUAUUGUGCACAGGCGAUAUUCCAAAUGAACAACAAACCAAAGCCGUCAGCACGGCUGUUGAAGUUAGGAUCGUAACUCAUGUUAAGACUCAUCGAAUACAGUUCAACAGUCGAGAGUGGGCGGCUAAGGCAGAUCUUCCUGAACACAUUGAGAAGAUGAUCCGAAAUUUCCCAUCGAAAGUACAUCCGAUGGCACAGUUUGUGUCCACAAUCGCAGCUCUGAGCAGUGAGAGCAAAUUCGCAGUUGUAAGUAUUUUAGUUUGA